UUUGGGAAAGAGGUCCGUGGAUUGAGUUCCAAACUACAUGCAUAGGUAGAAUCACCCUCGCCCCUGGUUUUGUUCCUCUUUCCUUUCAGUCCACCAAAAUAGACGCAUGUGGUCUAGUUCCUUCAACUUAUAUAUAUGAAAUCAACAAAUCAACCCAUCACCACAAAUCAACCACAACACCAAAGUCACAUAUCACAACCAACAUGAGUGCUAAAGCAGCAACCAGAGCUUGGAUCGUGGCAUCAAGCGUUGGGGUAGUGGAGGCCUUGAAAGAUCAAUUGGGUGUCUGCAGGUGGAACUAUGCUCUCAGGUCACUGCAGCAGCAUGCCAAGACCAACAUCAGAUCUUAUGCUCAAGCCAAGAAAUUGUCCUCUGCUUCUUCUGCUGCAGUUUCCAACAAGGUCAAGAGAACCAAGGAAGAGUCCAUGAGGAAAGUAAUGGACUUGAAUUGCUGGGGUCCUAGUACUGCAAGGUUUUAAUUUGGAUCUAUGUAUGUGAUGCAGUAUGUUACAAAUAUAAUUUAAAAACCUAGAGUUUUACCUAAGAGCUUAAUAUUUUGAGAUAAUUGGUUGUUUGACAUGGUAUCAGAGAGUCUAUAAUUAUGUGGUCUAGAGUUCGAUAUGUGCGCCUCCAGCUCUUCUAAUAAAAGUGGAAUUUCAACA